AGGGAGAAAAAGAGGAAGAAACAGGAACAGUGAUGGUAUCACCAUUAUAUAAAUAUAUAAUUUGUUUAAUUUAAGACCUUCACUUUUUAUAAUCCUUAAGUACAAAACAGAGUGUUUGUGUGUGUGUGUAUUUGUGUGAGAGAGAGAGAAUUCUUGUAUACCACAAAAGAACUGCUAUAGCAGCAUUGUUAUCUGUGUAUUUUCACAGGAAUCACAGGUAUUUCUCGAUUUGCCAUUGACAUAGUUUUUGUAGUAUGAAAGUAACAGUUUUUCCAUUCACGUUGUGUGUUACAUAAUUUGUACCUAUCUUCUUCUAUCGGCUGCUCCCUUUAGUGGUCGCCACAGCGGAUCAUCUACCUCAAUCUUGCCCUAUCUAUUGCCUCCUCUACUUUCACACCUAUAAUAUUCUUUUUUUUUUAACUUUAUUGGCAUUAACACAUAUAUAACACAUGUAAUAACGUAAUAAAUUCACCUUGAGAUUUGGGCGUCACUUAACAUGCAUACUGCAGGGCCAGAACAUGAACACAUAUGCAUAUCCAUGCAUUCUAUACCUCCAUACAUAUUUUCCAUCUUCUUAUAAAGGAAUAUAUUAUACUUUUAAUUGUAGCUGGGCUGUCAUGUGUUCCAUCAUAUAAGUAUGCUUGAUUUUUUAUAACCAUUGAAAAAUCGUUGGGGUAUUAGGCUUCAUCCAAGUAACUGUAAUUAAUUUUCUUGCAACCAUCAUCAAAACAUGCAGUAUGUAACACUGGUCAUUGGUAUUCAGGGAACACUUCCAACAGUUAUAUAUAUAUUCUUUAUUUUUGGACAGUCCCAGAACACAUGAGUAUGAUCACGGACCAUACCACAGUUUGUCCACCUUUAUUGGUAGAAUUAAAAAAAAAAAUAAAAACACAUGCAACUAGCGGGGUUCUGAAAUGCCCCUUUUUAACCUUCCACUCAAAUUCUUUCCAUAGCUGGCUCCCAACCCCCCUGUGACAUCUGCAAUAUACAGUUUCCCAAACUUCAUCCUCCACUAAAUUUCCAAUUCCCAUUGUCCUUUGAUAUGUAAAGUGUUGUCUUGAUAGUCAAUCAUUAGUUUUUUAUAGAUAUGAGCUAUGUUUUUUUUGUUGAUGCACAGUGUUCAGACAAAUUUAUAAAAUGGGUUUCUAUAUUGGUUGGUUGUCUUUUAACAAUAUCCCAGUUUCUAAUGUAAUGUCUCAUUUGUACAUAUCUAAAGACAUCACCUGAUUGUAGAGCAAACUUGUCUUGGACUUGUGAGAAAGAUUUAAAUAUAUUCCCAUUGUAUCUAUAAAAUUCUAUUUACCCUCUUGAUGGCUGUAAUGUAGUGCCAUUCUGAAGCAUAUAACUCAGUAACUCAAUAACAAGUGAAUGCCAGCCAGGUUAAAGUACAGUUUCUACAUAGCAGGAUUAGUUUUUAAAAUGUUACAACAAAACCCUCUAAAGUAAACAAUGGAGAAAAAAAAGGAACAAACAAAGUUUAUGUUUUAUCUGUAGCAGGUAUGUGUAUAUUCCUUCUUCAAAUAUGUUUAAAUUAUUUAACAAAAAACUAGACCUGAUAGGCUAUACCCUGCUCUUCUUUUGGGAAGUGUUGAUACAUACACCAUAUCAAACUGGAUGAAUCACACCUAGUGAUAAUUACAACAUGAUAACAGUUGAUAAGGGUAGUCAGAGACUACAGUACAAAGUAUACAAGAUCUUCACUGUCACGGGGAGCCAGUGUGUAGAAUAAAUCUUUUGCAGUUUAAAAAUUGACUUGAGGCACUGAAAUGCUAACACUGCUUAUAUCUCUAAAAUUCUUAAGUAUACUGGAUUAAAAAAAAGGCUUUUCCCCUGCCCUGCAGGAGAAUCUUAAAUCUCUAUGUAACUGGUACUGAGGACAAACCAUAAAAGUGAUUUGGGUAUUUUGAAGAUGACACGCUCCUUGCAUCAGUUUAUCAGAGACUACCUGGCCAAACGACGCAUUUGCAAAAACCGCCUUGUUACCAAAGAUGGACACUGCAACAUUGAAUAUGGCAACGUGAGAUACAGCAGCCGCUUUGCUUAUAUGCUGGAUUUGUGGACCACUUUUGUGGAAAUCCGCUGGCGUUUCAUCAUUUUAUUUUUCGUGGCCUCCUUCACUCUCAGCUGGUUUAUCUUUGGUCUCAUCUGGUAUUGGAUUGCCCAUGAUAAUGGGGACUUGUGGUGGCAAAAUCCCCCAUUAGACCACAAACCAUGUAUAUAUAAUGUUUUUGGCCUCACAACAGCCUUCCUCUAUUCACUAGAAACACAGAUGACCAUUGGUUAUGGUCUGCGAGUCCUCAGUCCAUUCUGCCCUGGUGCUGUUGCCCUCAUUAUCAUUCAGACCAUCAUUGGUUUACUUAUCAGCUGUUUCUGGUGUGGAUUAAUUAUGGCCAAAAUUGCCUUGCCCAAGAAAAGAGCUAAGACCAUUACCUUCAGCAAAAUGGCUGUCAUUUGCCCUAAAAAUGGUGCCCUCUGUCUCCAGAUACGAGUCGCCAACUUGCGUAAAACUUUGAUGAUUGGCAGUCAGAUCUAUGGAAAGCUGCUUAGGACAACAAUCACACCUGAAGGUGAGACAAUCAUCUUGGACCAAGUCAAUGUUGAUUUUAUGGUUGACGCUGGGAAAGACAAUCUCUUCUUCAUCUGUCCUUUGACCUUGUACCAUGUAAUUGACAAAACAAGCCCAUUCUUUAAAUUGGCUGUAGACACACUGCUCCAGCAAGAGUUUGAGUUGGUGGUGUUUCUGGACGCCACAGAUGAGUCCACCAGCUCCUCCUGCCAAGUUAGGUCUUCCUAUAUCCCCCAGGAGAUCAAGUGGGGCCACAGGUUUCUCCCAAUCAUUUCCCGUAAUAAAGAAGGCAAAUAUCGUGUGGAUUUCUCCAAUUUCGCCAGAGUAGAGCCCGUACCAACUGCACAUUGUGCUCACUGCUUCUAUAAUGGCCAAAGUCAUCACUACCCCAAAAAUGGCAUAGAUAACCAGGGAUUUGAAGUGAUUGAAAUCAAUGAACAAGUCACUGCUACUGAAAUGUGAAAUCUACAUUUGAGCAUGCCAUAAGGACUACUUGCUCUUUUAUGUGGCUCACUAAAACCAGAUAUAUACAUUCUGUUUAGAUUAAAAUAAUUUUUUAUUCAUUAGGUAAAUGUAAGAGCCCCAAGCACUUUGGUCUAGCAGGUAUGUGUCAAAAUACUUUUUUGUCAUAUUAGGGACUUUUAAAACCAGCAAGGUGAUUGUGUUUCUAGAAUUAGAAAUAUGAUCAAAGACAAUAACAACAAAUGAUAAACCUUUAAUUGGAAGGUACAUAAAGUAGCCCAAUACUGUCUCAUCUCUAAAAUGUGUAAUUGUUAUGUUGGUGUAUUGUUGGUUAAUUGAUGUAAUAUCACUGAUUUCUUUAGAAAGAAGCAAACUAGGAAGUGGCUUUUAAUGAGAACGAAGCUUCUUCUACUCUAGUCCUGUAUUUGCACAGCACUGCACACAUUUGUGAAUUUUCUUUGCUUUAAUGCACAUUAGCUAAUUAUCAAUCUUUGCUUGGGCAGAACCAGAUGUGGUCCACUGGUGCUGAUUUUGAGGGCCAUAAAUUAAAGCAUAUUCAGUAAUCAAGUGGAAUAAAAAUAAAAAUAGAAUGGAUAAAUAACUUUGAUUUGAAGCAGUGCUAAAAUGUCCAAUUUAAGUAUUAUGUUUAAUCUGUACAAAAAUGUAGACAAAAGUAAGAAA